AUGUGCGAAUCAAAGGGAACAAAAAGAGAGGCAACAACAACGACGUUGCAAACCAAUGAUAAUAACAACGAUCUCUUCAUUGACCCUGAAAAGCAAACACAGUUGUUGGUGACAACAACAACAACAAUCUCAGAGGUGAUAACAGAAGUGAAAUCCCUCAUGGUUCUGUCCUUCCCAAUAGUCAUAACAGCUCUCAUUUUCUACACACGUUCAAUGGUGUCGAUGCUCUUCCUUGGCCACCUUGGUGAGGUUGAACUAGCAGCGGGUUCAUUAGCCAUAGCCUUCGCAAACAUAACAGGCUAUUCAGUUCUCUCAGGACUAUCCUUAGGAAUGGAACCACUAUGCUCACAAGCCUUCGGAGCAAACCGUCCAAAGCUUCUCUCUAUAACACUUCAUCGUUGUGUUAUCUUCCUCUUAACAUGUUCCAUCCCCAUUUCAUUGUUGUGGCUAAACAUGUCCAAAAUCUUCAUUUUCUUGCACCAAGAACCAAACAUCACACGUAUGUCACAAACUUACCUUAUUUUCGUACUCCCCGACCUCGUCACCAACUCAUUCCUCCACCCAAUCCGUGUCUACCUUCGCGCACAAGGCGUCACCCACCCAGUCACGUUAGCAUCCCUUGCAGGAACACUACUCCACCUGCCGUUUAAUUUUUUCUUAAUCAAACACGGUGUCGCCGGCAUCGCCGCCGCCUCCGCCGCCUCCAACUUCUCCAUUCUGAUUUUCUUGGUGCUCUAUGUCUGGAUAAGUGGGGUCCACCUUGCCACGUGGACCGAGCCGAGCCGUGAAUGCUUCAAUGGUUGGAAGCCGCUACUUCGGCUCGCCGCGCCGAGCUGUGUUUCCGUUUGCUUGGAGUGGUGGUGGUACGAGAUCAUGAUUGUGCUUUGUGGGAUUCUCGUGGACCCCACUGCCACCGUGGCAGCCAUGGGUGUACUCAUCCAAACGACAUCGUUGAUCUACGUUUUUCCAUCGUCGCUAGGGCUCGCCGUGUCGACGCGCGUCGGGAACGAGCUCGGCGCGAACCGGCCUUCACGGGCAAGGCUGUCGGCAUUGGUGGCGAUGUUCCUCGCCACCGUGAUGGGAUUCUCCGCGAUGGUUUUUGCGUCAGCGAUGAGGAACCUGUGGGGGAGGAUGUUCACCGGAGAGGAGGAGAUUUUGCGGCUGACGGCGGCGGCUCUGCCGAUUCUCGGACUUUGCGAGCUCGGGAACUGCCCGCAGACGGUGGGAUGCGGCGUCGUUAGGGGGACGGCGCGGCCGAACGUGGCAGCAAACGUGAACCUGAGCGCAUUCUAUCUGGUGGGAAUGCCUGUGGCGGUUGGGCUUGGGUUUUGGUUUGAGGUUGGGUUCUGUGGGCUUUGGCUGGGCCUGUUGUCGGCCCAGGUUUGUUGCGCUGGGCUGAUGUUGUAUGUGAUUAGGACAACCGAUUGGGAGCACCAAGCCUCACGGGCUGGGUUACUAAUGUCCGUUGAUGAUGCGGGGAACAGAUCGGACGGCCAGAAAGAACUGUUGAUUAGCGUUGGUGACACUUGA